AUGGCAGUCCAGACGUCAGGUAACGCAAACAGCAACCUUGCUGGUGCUAAUGAUGUGCUUACAAAUAUUGGAGUUAACGAUACAGCCAUUGGCGAUCAAGAAUCAUUUGCCGCCGUCCUGUGUAAGGGAAGUAAAAACUGCAAAGUCAAACAGGCUAAGAAUACAAAGAGUAACGGGCCGACAUUUGUUUCGUUGACGAUCAGUCUACCUUUUGGUUAUAUCCCAAAUGAAUCGCUUCGUUCGCCUUUUUUUGACGUUAAAAAAACAUCAAAUGGAGCAACCUGUUCAAAAGCGUCAGGUAACGCCGCCGAUUGCGUCAAGAUUUUAGACGGUUUGACGUCGACAGAGUGGGUGAGCACUUCUCAGGGAGUUGGUGCUACAAAAAAAAUACACUUUCCAGCUGUAAAAAUCAACAAAGUCAAUAUCUAUCAGAGAUCGUUGUCUACUGCACAAAUUAAAGACGUCCGUCUGGAUUUUAGUGACUGCAGCACGGUUCACGUUGCACUUACUAACAACAAAAACAGCUUUGAAGAGUUUCACUUCUCUGCACGAGUAGCUWCAUGGGUCAAAUUUACUGUUACUACCAAAAAAACAUCGACCAAUCCAGUGGGCUUCAAAUCGAUACAGCUAUUGUAUGAUGAAGAUGCAAACCACUUUUGGCCCAUGGACAAGAUAAUGCUGAAUGAUUUGAUAAAUUUCAAAAAAGGAACAUCGCAUGGACCUAUGAAAGUGGAAACUACAACAGGRAAUUUGAGUGGAUUCAAAAAAAUUGCCGYCAAGUUUGAUGGGACAAACUGGAUUGAGCUCGGAGAUUUCAAAGGUGAAUGCAUCAGCAACCCAGACCUUUGUGAAGAUGGAUUAACUGUAUYACUACGAUUCACACGAGCCGGCUCUGGAGAAAAAAAAAUUWUGUCAUCAAAUGGCGAAAAUGGCCSAGGAUUUGCAAUUUCUCAUACCAACACAAACGGAAAAAUUAAAGUUGAGAUAAGAGAUGGCAUACGGUAUUGGUACGUCGACGAAACCGUGUCUCAGUCAGGCCAACAGAUGCUCGCCUUCACCUGGAGUAAAGAAAAAGGUCUUGCUGUCGUGGUAGGGUAUUCAGAUUUUUCUGUUUACGAAGAUGCAGUAGGCUUGGAUUGGCCGAAAAAAAAUGAGUCGACGAMAUUGUUUGUUGGGAAGCCGAGUAAAUUGAAUACCAAGUAUUUUCAAGGGAAAAUUGACAGCAUUGCCGURUYCUACAAAUACCGAUCUGCAGAAUGGAUGAAAAAAAAAUUGAAGGGAAAUGGAUCUGCGCUUGCUACUAAAAAAAAACCAUGUACCAAACGAAGCUCAUCUAACGCAGUGAGUGGCUUGCAUAUCCUACCAAAAAAAGUAGAUAUGGAUGGAAAACUUGUGGCUUUAGAUAUUGAUAUCAUCAAACAAGUUGAGGGAGGCUCAUCCAUUCARWCAAAAAAAUGUUUUGGGGAUGGACAUUGUGAAGUCAAGAAUGGAACUUCUAGUGCCGAAGGCAAAAAAAUUUAYAAUGGAUCGUUUUCGCAUAACUAUACCAAAGAAGGUGAUUAYAUUGCAAAAAAAAACUUUUGCAAUUGUAUCGGUUGUAACUCGACAACUGUACCAGUCCAUGUAGAGGUACCAGUACGACAUCCAAAAGUGACAUUGAACAGAAAGAAAGCACCAACGGUGCAUAUGGAUAAAAAAAGUUCGCGAUUAUAUGUUCUCACCAACGAGACAGUGUAUAUGGUAGCGGAUACCGAAAAAAAUACUAAUGUCAAAGUUUUAUGGUCGUUUGGCGACGGGGCCAAAGCAAAUGAAUAUAAGGAAGGAGAGUUUAACGACGCCGGCGCACAUGCCAAUCAUUCAUACUCAAAAUCUGGAAAAAAAACCAUAACUGUAACCCUCGAGAACCAGAACGGUAAAAAUAUGUUUAGUUGUGCUAAAAAAAAUCAAGAUCCUGUGCAUACAUUGAAGAUGACGUCCAAUUCUCCUCAAGGAUACCCAAAAAAAUCUUUAAGAAUCCAAGUCGWCACGAUAGAUCCCAGACCAAGCGAUCCAAUUCACUGUUUUAUUACMUUUGGUGAUGACACUACAAAAGCCGACCUCUUCGGCAGCGGGUGCACCAAUGAACUGAUUAAGCAUGUUGAAGGCGUAAACACGUUAGAUAUAAAAAAGAUAGAUAAAUCGACGCUUACUGGCAACCAUACUUUCCCUACAGUAGGGGAAUAUAAAAACAUGAUGUAUUGUUGGAAUCGUGUGUCUGAAUGCCAGGAACCAUUCGCUACUGUUGUAGUUAAUAAACCUUGCAAGCAACCCAUUGUCGGAUUUGMGACUUUAUCCCYAAACAAAACGCGGAUUCAAGAGUUYAAAAAAUCUGAAGAKGCUGUUAUUUUAACAGACAACACAGUUGAUUGCGAAGCAUCUAAARAGUCAAAGUUUACAUGGAAGUGUUAUGAAGUCGACAGURAAACAUUUGCAGAAAAUGAAUUCAAUUUGACUGGAAUUASUACCGGUUCAGAUACAUCAACAUUAACUUUCAAGAAAUUAGCAYUGAAAUAUGGGUUAUACAAAUGYUGCUUCACACUGAACAUGACARAGAUGRUUGGGGUGGAGGGCUCAGCAUGUGGAUAUUUUAAAAUCACCCCGUCGCAAUUAAUCGCCAAAUGUAAGGGAGGUUCAUCUAGAGUAUAUGGCUACAACCAAACGAAAGAAUUAGACUGCACAGAGUCCGAUGACCCUGAUACAGCGGACAAAACAGUAACAUCAGAUAACAACAUCAAAUGCAACUUCUUCUGUAAAGCCGAGGGUGAUAAUUACACUUUUCCUGACUGCAAURRGCUCGAYGAARAUMAUUUGCCGCCAGUUCCCUCCAAGCCAGUAAUAACAGGGAAUGMUACUAACAUCACUAGACCGUAUCUCGGAGGCUGUUUCGGAUACGGGCCUGGACGRCUGGAGUCUAAAUCUCAUUGCAGAGUGAAACUGUUUACAGGGCACAUGCUCGAAAACAYGACGUACACCUUAAAAAUGUGUAUGCGGCAUAAAGAUGGUAGAAAAGCUGGCACCGAACAAACGUGGAAAAUCAAGGAAGGCAACCCCCCAGUGAUGCUUAUUUCAUGUGCGACGAACUGCGGCGAAAAGCUCAACCCCAGUGGAAAAACAACUUUUACGUGUAAAUGCGAAGACUGCCCCUCAAACACACAAGUCUUCUACAAAUGGAGUAUUUGCAAGGAUGCGUCCAAAGAAAAUUGCAAAACGAUAGAUGACAAAGAAUUAUUGACAAAAUACUUAGACACGGCGUCUCUAGAGGGAAGGAACCUUGCUGUUUCUGCUAAUAARCUUGCAGGAGGUAUUAGCUACAGGUUCAUCUGUCGUGGUUGGCGUGGAAGGAAGAGCGGUACCCCUGGUGAGGCUAAUGAAAUGAAAACGGUUAACGUUCCUCCCCAAAAAGGUACUUGUACCGUUAGUCCGACGACGGGUACYUCCAUGAAUACCACCUUUACGAUCACGUGCAAAGAUUGGGAAGACACAGAUAUGCCGCUGACCUACAGUUAUGGUUACGUAAAAAAAUGCAGCGAAAAAGRUACUCCUAGUGUUCUAGAUUCGSAUCUGUCCUCGAGUGAGUAUARGGUUCAGRUGCCUGUAGCAGGUGACAAGAAAGACAAUCAUUUGUUACAUUUCACGGUGCACGUGGCUGAUAAAUACAAAGCAUUCAAUAAAACUGUCUGUAUUCCUGUAACGGUUAAAGAGCAAAUUAUUGAGCUUAAAGAUAUGGAAAAAUUAAUGACGAAUAAUAUCGAAAAUAUGCUUGCGUCUGGAAGCGCUUCUCUGGCACUGAAUUUAGUCCGUGGCAUAGGCGACCAGUUAAAGWCUCAAGCUGCUGCAGUCGGUGAAAAAACAACAGAUGGCGAUGGAGGUGGCCAGCCUGCCCCGACCAAAAGCCCUGACCAGUUAGAGAAAGAGAAGGAGAAACGGAAAGAGCUUGUAAAACAGUGCAUAGAUGUUUUGGUCAAAGUGCCACCCAAGACUCUUUCAGCGGUCGUAUCAACAUCGCAAACGUUCAAUAACAUUUUGGAAGUCCCACCUGACGAAGUUAACGAAGCAGCAAAGACACGAGAUAUGGCCAACAAGGUGAUGGGUGUAACUAAGCAAAUAGCGGAUUCCGGUCUUCAAACAAUGAGUGCUGGCGAGAAGCCUUUGAAACUUACAACACCUGGCAUGGAAAUGCAACUAAAUCGACAAACCCCUCAAAGCCUUGCUAAUGCUACCAUUAAACUAGAUGGUGGCUUAAGCGCACAGGUUCCAUCGAUAUUAGGUGGUAAGGACAAAGGCGGAGGAGAAGAGCCCCCACCUACGGAUUCCAUGGCUAUGAUGACAAGCAACAACGUUUUUAACUUCGGMAAAMRWGCAGAGUUGACGACAGGAGGAAACUUKGUCAMUCUUGAGUACUUGAACAGUUCCACCAAAAAACCACUUAAGAUCGAAAAUCUAAAAGAGCCAUUCCUAUUGGUAAUACCACGCCRGGACAAUCCUGUUSUACCAAGCUGGGUAUGGAUAAAGGACAACGAUAUGAACUAUUAUAGCUUUGAGUUGCAGCAGAAUGACUCUGCGAUAACCAUCUUUCUAUUCCCAAAUACCUGCGACUAUGGCUUUACAGUUUACAUAAAAAAAGACUVCUACCCCAAAGAAGACGACUAUGACAUGAUAUUCCACUUACCACACGAKGACCAGUGGGACUUUGAGACCAACUGCAGCAAAGAUUCCAAUAACACCGACCCGUUUAAGCUAUUUCUUUCACCCAAAACUUUUAAUCACUCAGGAGCAGGUCARUACAAAUUGGGAUUUGUACCAAAACCGAGAAACGGUUCAGGCGUCGUGAAUUACCUUCCUGGUAAUUACCUUCCUGGAAAUGCAACAGUGAUGAUGUUCACAAGCAUGUGUGUCUUUUGGGACCCAGCGGAUGAAUCUUGGCUGACAGACGGCUGUGAGGUUUCACCCGAAACUACUCCUGAUGAGACGCGAUGCCUCUGUAACCACUUGACUUCAUUCACGACCUCGUGUAUUGUCCCCCCAAACGCGAUCGACUGGAACAAGGUCUUAAAUCCCAGCAUUGAAGAUUUAUACGUGAUAGUGACCACUGUAGCGGUCGUGUAUGCUAUAUAUUUCAUUUGUUUGGUGUUUGCUAGAAGAGCAGAUCGACGAGAUGCGGAAAAGGCAAGUAACUGCGCAUGCGUUGGAACUCUAAUUUGCCACGUGCACGUCCAUACAGGAUUUGUACGAGGAGCAGGAACAAGUGCCGAGGUGUCCAUAGUCAUGAAUGGCUCGGUAGGUGACAGCGACCCAAGAGUGCUCAAAGACUCAGUACGGAAGGUAUUUCGCACAGGUGGUGUGGACGCCUUCCUCAUGACGGCACCACAGUCACUGGGUGUYUUGAGAAACAUUCGCAUAUGGCAUAAYAACGCUGGUGAUUAUCCAUCUUGGAAUCUUCUCCGAAUUAUGAUUCAAGAUCUACAAUCWGGAAAGAGAUGGUGGUUUGUAUGCGACGAAUGGCUGGCUGUGGACGAAGGAGAUGGGAAGAUCGAGCGUAUCUUGUAUCCUGCAACGUCCAACGAUCUUACAAAGUUCAACGUCCUGUUUGCRACUGAAAUUCGYAAGAACUUAACAGAUGGUCACUUAUGGUUUUCUGUGGUUACACGUCCCGCUCGGAGCACCUUCACAAGGGUACAGCGAUUAACUUGCUGCUUAUCUAUCCUUCUGACGUCUAUGCUCGCCAAUAUGAUGUUUUACARAAACGAUCCCCAAAAGGGACCAAAAGGGUCCAUUCAAAUAGCGGGCUUCAGUUUCUCACUUGAACAGGUUUCUAUUGGUAUAACUAGCAGUCUUGUUGUGUUUCCUGCCAAUUUGAUCAUCGUGCAGUUAUUCCGGAAAGCACGCGCCAAGGAAGUCAARAACGACAUUGGAAAGUACGAUGACAUAACUCAYGAUGAUGAAGACAUCGAAUAUGCCGGCGAAGCCGAUGCUGAUGAAAAGGCAAAGAAACCAGCRAAAAAAGAAGGACUUCCAUAUUGGUUUAACUACGUUGCUUACGYYAUUGCUUUUAUGAGCUGUGCUGCUGCAACGGUGGUUGUCGUCUUCUACGGGAUUACGUUCGGUGAAGAAAAAACCGGCAAAUGGUUGAUGUCUAUGACAAUUUCUCUUGUCCAAGAUGUACUCRUUUCUCAGCCAAUCAAAAUAUUCAUACUUGCAUCGAUGUUUGCUCUGCUCAUCAAGGACCCUAACAAGGCUGAAAGUGAUCCCAUAACUGAUGCUAAUAAGCUGUCAGCAGAUGAGGAAUGGCUUCAUAAGAAUGUCAAGGACUUGAACGACGAUGAAAAACAAGACUUUAAGAAGCUUAUCACGGACCGGCCACCGGACGAGGCAAAGUUGGAGAUUGCUCGACAACUGCGAAUGAAGGAAAAACAGAUGAAGUCCAUCAUCCGAGAACUUGUGUGGUAUCUGAUCUUCUUACUUGUGAUACUGACCAUAAGCUAUGGAAACAGGGAUCCCGAUACAUAUCGUAUUACCAAGUACAUGGAGGAUUUGUUUGUCAAAUCUCGAUACAAUGGCACUAAAAAAUUUACAGAGGUACAAAAGAUAGAUGAUUACUGGAAUUGGAUGAAUGAGACUGUCAUACCAAGUAUUUACAAAGAACAAUGGUAUAAUAGUGACCAGACAUACCCAGUCGGUUUCCUGGCCGACACACCAACCGACUAUUUGCUGGCGGUGGUCAGACUAAGACAGCUACGAAUAAAGAAAGAUUCCUGCACCUAUCUACCGGUCUUUAAACAUGUGAUAACAGAAUGCAAUGACUUCUACAAUUCGGACGAAGAAGACCGAGCWGGAUACCUACAAAACUGGGUAACUCCUCCUGAUGUAAACACYACUAUGCGUCCUCCUGGCGCCAAGAAAACCGCCUGGGAAUACCAAACAGGCUCGGAACUUAAGACGUUUCCUUACUGGGGAUACAAAGCUACAUAUAAUGCAGGGGGCUAUGCCAAGGAGUUACCCACSAAUAGUAUAAACGACAACAUCRACAARGCAUAUUCGAUAGUUGCAGAACUGAAGUCAAAAGACUGGAUCGACCGCUACACCCGAGCUAUCUUCACAGAACUAGCAAUAUAUAAUGCAAACACUAAUUUYUUCUGCGUCAUAACCYUGCUGUACGAGCAACUYCCAACGGGUGCUCUAUUCAACUACCCCAGCAUUUURACUCUCAAGCUGUAUCGCUAUGUUGGUGGUGAUAUGUACUUCGUGAUGGCUUGUGAGAUUACAUACWUGYUGUUCACGCUGUUUUUCAUMUUUCGUGAACUGAAGAARGCCAAGAAAGAAGGUCUCGCAUCCCUAAAGAACAUUUGGAGCCUUUCGGAGAUCUUCAUCACCAUGCUSUCUCUAUCUCUUGUUGUAUUGUACUUCUUAAGGAUAAAGUUCACAGACGAUGCUGUGGCACAGAUGCGCGCUGAUCACUCUCAGUUUGUUAGUUUUAACUACACAGCUUUUCUGGACGAGUGGAUAAAUGCCUUGAUGGGCUUCGUUGUGUUCUUGUCAUUCAUCAAAAUCAUCCGUUUGCUKAGAUUUAAUAGAAGAAUGUCACUUCUGGCUCAAACGCUAAGAGUCUGCAUUCCAAGAAUUGCUGCAUUUCUUGUUAUCUAUGGGUCRUCCUUCUUCGCCUUUUCUUUGUUUGGAUGUCUUGUAUUUGGACAAGACAUGGAAGGCUUUGGGACAAUCUUACGSAGCGCAACGACUCUWAUGGACACAAUCCUUGGCAAGUUCCAACUGAGAGAGAUGACCAAUGCCAACAGAAUCAUUGGRCCAUUCUUCUUCUACUUCUAUACAGUWRUAAUGGUGUUUAUUCUGAUCAACAUGUUCCUGUCAAUCAUCAAUGACUCAUUCGCUGAAGUCAACAGGGACGUGAACAAGCAGUCAAACGAUUAUGAAAUUGUCGACUUCAUGGUCCAUAGACUAAAAGAGAAUAUUGGGAAAACCAUGGGUAAUGCUAUUGUACCAAUCUACAAGGAACCUAAAACUAAGUUAGAGAARGACUUUGAUGCAAUAGAAGAAAAUGCAGAUAAUAUAAUGCAUCACAUGAGAAACCUGACAUUCGAGAAUAUGAGGCACACAAGAUGGUUUGACGCGAAUGCAUCCAAAGAAAAGAAGAAGAAAAUGUUUGAAAUUCUGAUGGAAGUUGAUUGGGACUACUUUGARGACGAGCUGGGAGACAGCAUACCUGUAUUUGAGGAUUUCCUGUCAAAAUAUGACGAAAAAAGGCUACAGUCCGUUCACGAAUCCUACCGUUAUAAAAAAUUACGAGAUCAMGAGAUCGAAAGCAAGAUGUCGAGCGUGGUGGACAGUGACACUGACGAGGAGAGCAGUGAUUCGGACAACUCAGAUGGUAACUCUGAUGCUCCAAGCAAUGYCAGUGGGGAUGAGGAAGACGAUGAUCAAACUCUCAGAGAAGAGAUCCAAUUGGAAAUACCGUCAGAUACCUUAAGUGUACGUGCACCUAGUCCAGGGCUGUCCAUUCGGGGUAUGUAUGGCUUGCCAGCUCGUWCAACAUCAGCAACAUCUAAAAGGCCGGAAUCAUCACUGUCGACCCGUAAGACAYCGAUACCAACGUUAACGGUCCAAGCUCCAACGAUCUCUUUGGCAACCGAAGUUGAAAUGUCCAAAGUUUUAGAGGAUGUUGAGAGAGAACGUUGCGCAACUGAUGCCGAGCUGAACAGCUUUCUUCCAGAAAUACGAUCAGUCGACGAGAACAACAUCCCUCAGUAUGAAAGUGAUCCUGAGCAAGUCAAGAAAAAAUCGAAGAAGAAGAAGAAAACCAAGCCUGACAAGAAAAAGAAAGACCAGGGUGAYCCGGAAACCUUCUCUAUAAAAAGUAAACCUGCAUGGGGUGACUCCGAUACUAUGAUGCGAAAAUCGCCGGCGGGAUCGAGCGAAAAGGAUCGACUGAUACCCGAUGGUGAAGACAACAAGGGUAUUGACAGCCAAGGCAGGGAUAAUGAUGCAUUUGACGGAGAACCUCAGAUUAAGGAAAAAAGGAAGAAGAAAAAGAAAAGGAAGCAAUCAGAUGUAUAAAGAUAGAAAUGUGUACACUUCAUUAAACAGUCCAAACUCAUAGAACCUCAUCAUUACAGAAGACAACCCCCAUGCGCCCUUUAGGUAUAAACCAAGUUCUAUGAUUUUGAGCCCAUUAACGUUUAUUAAAUCGARUGUAUACGUAAAAAUUCACUAAAUAAUUAGUCGAUGAUUCCGUGUACGUCGUAAUGAAAUUGAAAUCAAAUUAAUAGGUUUUGACGUCAUUUUUGACGGUYCCCAAAAUAUUCAUUUUGAAAAUAUUACCCAGAAAGACUUAGUGUUCAAUUUAGUGAAAGCCAGCGAUGCAUGUUUCUGGUAUUUUAACGCAAACUCAUAUUUUAAUGAGUUAAGGUAGUGGCAGUAAGAACGUUAAAUAAUGACGCCAUUGGGAUUCCUGUGUCAUAGUUGUACUAAACAUAGCUUUUGGGGAUGGCUUUUCAUUCCAUGACAUUGGUAAUUAUGUAAAGCAGUUUUUAGAAAGCCACUGUAGCACAUUUUUGUAAAAUAGUAAGCACUAGAGAGUGGGACAAGACUAGUUUUAGUAAAACAAACCAUUGUUGAGUUCA